AUGCUUGAUGGACGUUUCAAUCAGCUUUCUAUAUUUCAUGUUAAUAUUGAUAUAAUUCGUGGCUCAAGUUUGGUAAUCAAUAAUAAGGAAAAAUUACCUAAUUUAAGCUCGUUUGUACUUUAUACUGCUCAUUAUACAAAUAGUUAUGAUAAAUUAAUUGUACCACUUUUACAUCGAAUGACAAAUUUAGAAAGACUUCAUUUAUCUUUUGUUGGUUAUGUAACAAAAUCGUUUAUUGAUGGUAAUAAUUUAAAGCAAAAUAUCAUCUAUCAUAUGCCACUAUUAAAGAAAUUCAUAUUUAAUAUUCGUUCAGUUUGGUUUGAUAGUCCCAUGAAUAUACCAUCAACUGAAGAUAUUCAACAAACCUUCAAAGAUUUAAAAGAUAUGCAUAUCAUAUCUUGUGUUGAUUACUUCCAAAAAGAAAAAUAUAGUCAGUGUCUUGUUUAUUCAUAUCCAUAUGAAUUAAAACAUUAUCGUGAAAUUACAAAUCAGUUUCCUGGUGGUUUAUUUAGAUGUGUGCGCGAAGUCUCAUUACAUGAUGAAUAUCCAUUCGAGCAUGAAUUUUUUCUUCGCGUUGCUCGAUCAUUUCCAUUAUUAGAAGAAUUAACUUUAAUUAAUAAAAAAAAGCAAAUCAAUAGAUGCAUUCAAAAUCAAAAUAAACAUUUACCAAUUAUUAAGUAUUCUCAUCUAAUACAACUUGAUCUUUCUGAAGCUGAUCAAGAUUAUUAUGAACAAUUUUUAUUCGAUACUAAAACAUGUUUACCAAAUAAUCUUCGUGUUCGAAUGAAUUAUCAAUCAGUGAAAAAAGUGACACGCAAUUUUCGAAGAAAUACAACGCGUUAUAAUUGUAUCAAAAUAAUACACGCUCGUUUUUACAACAAAUUUAAUUUUCCUGAACAUUUGAAAGACUACUUUCCUAAUGCAUAUAUAUGUUGA